AUGAACGCCAGUACUUCUUCUGCUGCAAAAUCGGCGCCUGCACACAAUGCUCCACUACCUCCAACCUCUUCAUCAGCGGGUCGCUCGUCACGUAUUGCCCCCCAUUCGCAUAUCAAAGGACUUGGUUUGACACCAGAAGGCUACGCGUUGGUGGAUGGUGCUGGGUUUAUUGGACAAACGAACGCCCGUGAGGCUUGCGGUGUUGUCGUAGAUCUCAUAAAGUCGAGAAAGUUUUCUGGUAGAGCCCUUUUGCUCGUCGGCGCGCCAGGAACCGGAAAAACAGCCCUUGCUUUAGCUGUAUCACAUGAACUUGGAGCAAAGGUGCCAUUUUGUCCCAUGGUUGGAUCAGAGGUGUAUAGCACGGAGGUGAAGAAGACAGAAGUUUUGGCUGAGGCGUUUCGGAGAGCUAUCGGUCUUCGGAUAAAGGAAACCAAAGAGGUCUACGAAGGCGAGGUCACCGAGUUGACACCUACUGAAGCCGAGAAUCCGUUAAGUGGUUAUGGUAAAACAGUCUCUCACGUCAUCCUGGGCCUGAAGACUGUGAAGGGAACGAAGCAAUUGCGCUUGGACCCCACCAUCUAUGAAGCUAUUUUAAAGGAGAAGAUCAUUGUUGGGGAUGUUGUAUACAUUGAUUACGCGACAGGUGCCGUGAAGCGCGUUGGACGCUCCGACGCUUACGCUGCGUCUUAUGACCUGGAAUCCGAAACAUAUGUCCCUUUACCUAAAGGAGAGGUGCAUAAAAGAAAGGAACUUGUUCAAGAUGUGACAUUGGGCGAUCUCGAUUCAGCCAAUGCAAGACCUCAAGGUGGUCAAGAUAUCAUGAGUGUAAUGGGAAGUCUCGUAAAGAGUGGCCGAACAGAAGUCACAGAUAAAUUGAGAAGAGAAGUCAAUAAAAUUGUCAAGGGUUAUGUUGAUCAAGGUGUUGCAGAAGUGGUCCCCGGAGUUGUAUUCAUCGAUGAAGUCCACAUGUUAGAUAUAGAAUGUUUCACAUACCUCAAUGCUCUUCUAGAAUCCCCAAUGGCGCCCACCGUUAUUUUGGCUACAAACCGUGGAAAUUCGCUGGUUCGUGGCACGACUGACAUCGUUUCACCGCAUGGAAUCCCUGUGGACCUUCUGGAUCGCUGUAUGAUCGUCAAAACAGAUGCAUACACCAAAGAACAAAUCGGCAAAGUUGUACAAGCGAGGGCUAACGUCGAAGGACUAAAGUUGAGCCCCGAUGUGUUGGAUAAACUUGCAGGGGAGGGCGAGAAGAGUUCAUUGCGCUAUGCCCUCCAACUAUUGACCCCUGCAUCUAUCCUGGCUAAAUUGGCUGGGCGGAACCAGAUUGAGGCCGAAGACAUUAACGAAAUGAAUGAAUUGUUCCUCGACGCAAAGACUUCUGCAUCCAUAAUAGCUGAAAGCACAUCCGUUUAG